AAAAAAAGUAUUUUUAAUAAAAAAUUUUCAUAAAUGAUGUCAUCAUCAUCGAUAUUGUUUGAUGAUGUUUAUCAACAACAACAACAACAGCAACAAAUCAUUCAACGUUAUGAUUGGAUUCCAGCAGGUGUUACAGAUGAAAUUAUGAUUGAUGAAUAUUUUGCAAUGUUUCCGGAAAAUAAACGACCAUUAUUAGUUAAACAACCAAAUCAAACAUCAUCAUCAUCAUCUGAUUCGGGUGUUUUAUAUUGGAAAAAAUUAUUUCAACAACAAUUUCCUGUUUGUGAUACAACAAUAAAAAAUUGUCCACAUCUAAUGGCAACAAUUAAUGAUAGGAAAAAAAUUCGUCUACUAGAAUUAAUAAUGUUAGAUCGUGAUCAAUAUUCAUUGGAUAUUGGUCAGGUUAAACCUGUUACCAUUAUUGAUCAGAUCUGUGCAUAUUGUUGUAAAAUAAUACCGCUAAAUAGUUUGGCAAUUAAUUGUGAACAACGUAUUUUUGAAUCAAAAAUCAAUACAUUUCAUCCAAAUUGUUUUCGUUGUUUUUAUUGUGAUCAACAAUUAGCAUAUAAUAUUUAUUGUUGUCGUAAUAAUCGUCCAUAUUGUGAAAGACAUUAUAUGGAAUUAUUAUUACCAAGAUGUUCAUUUUGUGAUGAGCUUAUAAUGUCCAAUGAAUAUAUAAAAGAUUCAAAACAAAAAUGGCAUAUGGAACAUUUUAAUUGUAUCUAUUGUCAACGAUCAUUAACAACAGCACGUUAUGCAUUAACUGAAUCAAAUGAUAAUAAUGAUAAUGAUGAUAAUAAUAAUUGUAAUAAUAAUAAUGGUAAACCAAUGUGUAUCGAAUGUUAUGAACAACGACAUAGUAAUGUUUGUGAAGAAUGUCAAAAACCAAUCGGUGUUAAUACAAAGGAUCUUUCAUUCAAUGAUCGUCAUUGGCAUGAAAAAUGUUUUGUCUGUAGUCAAUGUAAAUUUGAUCUAUUUGAUAAACCAUUUGGUUCAAGAUCGGAUCAAAUAUUUUGUGCAAAUUGUUAUGAUAAUACAUUUGCUCCACGUUGUUGUUAUUGUGCUGAAAUAUUUGAACCAGGACAAAGAAAAUUAGAUUUUCGUGACAAACUAUAUCAUGAUAGCUGUUUUUGUUGUAAAAAAUGUCAAAUACCAAUUGGUACGAAAACAUUUUUACAAAAAAAUAAUAAUAUCUAUUGUUCUGAAUGUUAUAAGAAUGUAUUUGCAACUAGAUGUAUUAAAUGUUGUGAGAUUAUUAUUAAUGAUGGUAUACAAUAUCGUGAUGAACCAUGGCAUGCAUCCUGUUUUCGUUGUGUUGAAUGUCAAAAAGAAUUAUCAAACAUUCCAUUUACAUCACAUGAUGAUAGGCCAUAUUGUCGUCAAUGUAAUGCAAAUCUAUUUGCACCUAAAUGUGACAUCUGUAAACAGCCAAUCAUUGGAUCAACUGGAAGAAAAAUGAUUACACAUGGUAAUCAUAAAUGGCAUCAAUCAUGUUUUAAAUGUAAAGAUUGUUCAACAGAAUUAGGUGGUAAAGGUUUUGUACCAUUAGAUAAUGAUGGUAAUGGUGAAGAAAAUAUUUAUUGUACACCAUGUGCACAGGUUAUUAUUGCUAAACAAUGGACAAAACAAUCUACACAGAAUCAACAAUCAAAACAACAACAACAAGAAGAACAACAACAAGAUCAACACCAACAAGAGCAAGAACAAGAUCAACAAUCUGAUGAUAGUGUUUAACGAACAAACAAACAAACAUUUAAAUCAAAAUUAUUAAAUUGUAGAUCUCAUCAUUAUCAUUAUUUGAAAAAAAAGCCUACUAACCAAAUUACCAAUUGCAUCCUAUGCUUUUUUUUGUUUAAAGCUGCCAAUCAAAUCUAUCAAAAAUGUAAUUCUGAAAAUUGAAA